AUGGCUCGAACUCGCUCUCAGCCAAUUUCUCCAGGCGGCUUCAAAUCCCUCGAGGACAUUCCUCGCAAACGCAGAAUUACCCGUUCCACUGCCAAUACUGCGGGGGCUGCGAAUGCACCAAUUACUGCUUCUGCUCGUGGUGAAAGCCCGCCGACUCGCGUCACCAAAAAUACCACAAAGUCUACCACCAAUGCUAUCAACAAGCGUGGCACCAAGAAAACCGCACGCGCGACCAAAUCCGCAAGCUCCAAAAAAGAAGAACCGGUUGCAAACGCUGAAAACGAUGUUAACGAACCGACUGGUCAGCCAGCUUCGAAACCCCCAGCGACUACCCAGUCGCCUGCAAGCGAGCCUACCGCUGCAUCUACCAAAAGUGAGCAACAUAUUUUUUCUUCUCAAGUUAUUAACAUUGGGCGUUCUCAAAACGCGAGUCUUGCUUUGCCAGUGCAUCCGUCUGGAGCGCCGUCUGCUAGACGCGCUGGUACUUCUUUGGAUAAUCCUCCACGUCGAGUUUUGGGUGUGGCAAGCCCAAAUAUCGUUACUCCAGCCAGGGAACAAUAUGUCCCGGCAGCUAAAGUUUUAAAACCUCAUACCCAAAUCCCCCCGUUCAAGGACCAUGGUUCGCCAUCUAUUAUUUCAAGCUUGAGUUCACAGAAAGCUCAAGUCAAAUUUCGUUCUUCAGUCGGUCAGGCUGGUACUCAUGAUACCCAUUUUAAUUCGACUGGCCGAGGCAUCAAGCCUUCUUCUCAAGCCGGUGUUCAGCAAUUGGGCCCGGAUUCUCAAUUAUCUUCAGAGCUUCGUCAGCGUGCUUCAAAGACUGUCCCAGACACCACGGCUGCUUCUUCUCAAGUCUCAACUCAGGAGCCAAGCGUGCCAUUCCAGGUUAUUUCAGCGAACUCUCGUCCGGUUCGUGGUCAGCAGCCAGGCUUGCAGUCGAAAGUUGAUUUAGUAAACCCUCCCUUGGUACACAUGCAUGAGCCAAACAAGUUGUCUCAGUGCCCUUCGCAGAGUUCUCGUCAUGAACCAGAUUCUGGCGACCCUGCUGCUUCAUGUUCGCCUGCCACCCCCCAGGAACAGCCCCAGCCUACCAGUCAGCCCACACCUCCCUGUGAGCCAACUCCAGCUGCUGUCGCUGCCGAAGGAUCACGUCAAUCCAUCAGUCAACCAACUUUCCGCCAAGCGGCUCCGACUGUUGCCUCUGUCGAAAGACCACAUAGUUCUUCGUGUCAUGCAACUGUUCGUCGGCCGACUCCAGUUGUUAUCUUUGCUGAAGGGCCGCCUCAACCACGUCCUCUUGUUAGACAUGGUGGUCCAAGUCCUCUUCUGCGGUUUGCUGUUCUUGCCCAAGCUCAAACGCAUCUCGGUGCCCCUGCAAGUCUUAUUCAACAUGAGCUUGCGUCGCGCUCUAAUGCACGCGGAAGCAGCGGUAGAGAAGCACAGGCUGCAAAUUCCCCACAAGCUGUUCCAACUUCUCCACCUCGGCCCGUGAAACCUGGUGUCACCACUGGGAUACAAGCCAUCGGUUCACGUAUUCCUUCGCGUUCUAACCCAUCCGGUGAUCCAAUGGCACUUGACUCUCCACCCAAGACAAAUUCCGUGGCCACCCAGACGUCUCCCAUGGAGCCUGCCACUCGGUCUACAACCGCAUCCAUCGCCACUCAGACACCUCCAAUGGAAUCUGCUCAGCCAAUGGGUGCAUCCCCUUUUCCCGAAACGUCUUCGGUGACCACCAAGGGCUCUGAUCGCACGUGUCACUGUUGUUCUGCCAUUUUGCAAUGCCCCAAUGGCCACUUUCCUUGGUUGCAAUCUAAAGUUCGCGAAUAUAUGCCAAACAAGACGCUGACUCAACCAGAAUCAGUGAUUCCUAUGAAUCGCAAGCGAUCUAGGACGGAAGAAACACCCGAAGAAGACACCGAACUCCCUUCAUCUAAGCGUCGUGAACUCAGAGCUGCGACUUUAGCUUGCCACAGAGAUCGUAACAUUAUUCCAAUUGCCCAGCGUCGAUCUCGCAGAAUGGCUCAAAAGAAGACCUGCAUCGGUGUUCCAUUAUUCAUCGAUCCCCAGCCAGCUGACGGAAACGAAUCCCCCGAGUCGCCACACCGAUUUGUUAAAGUCCACCGCCAUCCGUCGAGCAUCGCCAAUGACAAUAAUUCGAAAACCGAGUCUUCGACUGAAACCCAACCAGCUCCAUCUACACCCUCGAGAGGAUGGGGCAUUCGAGGCUUGCUAAGUUCUGUUCCACGCUCGAUCCAAAGACUUAUGUCAUCUUUCGGAGAACAAGAGAAUCAGGAACCGACGACUCCCACACCCGCACUGCCGUCCACCCUCACUGAACCCGCUCCUAGCGCAGAAACACCUGUUUCCAAUGCCAAACCCGUUUCGAACUCUGCCCCCCACGUUUCUGACGCUGUCACUACGGAGUUGUCGGCUCCUGAUGUUGAACCUGUUAUGACCGCUGGUUCCCCGAUCUCUGACGCUGUAACCACUGAGGGGUCAACCCAUACCGGUCAAGAACCAGCCGAGCCACCCAAGCCGAUGGAGCCAAUCAAGUCAAUCGAGCUAACGGAAGCAAAUCGCCCUAAACCGAAAAGCCUGCCUCGCGAUCUAAGCUCUUCUCUUGUUUCACGACCACGAGAUCGCAGCCUGCUUUUCGGUGCCCGGAAAGUUGAAGUACCGUUUGGUGAUAAGCCGCAAGUUUCCCGUUCUCUUCUGCCUGCUGCAAAAAGGGACAAGGAUGCGGCAGCUCCAGUCGUUAAACCCAAAAAGAGAAAGCGAUCUCCUUCACCAGACGUGAUUCCAAAUCCCCCGGGUGUUAGCUAUGGCAUGGAUCUCAAGUACUUCUGCUAUAGCUCAGAAAGCGAAGAAGAGGAAGAGGAACCUCCUCAGACAAAGCCCCCCAAAUCCCUUCCCCCCAGAGGCAUCCUUCGAGAACGGAAGCGUGUCCGAUUUGACGUGAGCCCUCAAGACACCCCGUCGAAGCUUAGGCUUCAACGUACCAUGGCCAUUGCCGAUAUGACACCUUCCCGCGCGCCAAUUACUCCGAGCCGCCUCUCGCGUGAGGUCCACGCUGCGGAACAGACCGCCCCCUCGCCUGGUGCGGCACCAGCGAGCCACGGUUCUGCAGACGCCCUCUCGCACGCUCUGGGAAGACCUCCAACCCGUGUGUCGGCCCCUCCCGUCAUCACAAACACCACUGGAACAUACAAGUUAGACUACAACUUGUUUUCCAGUGAUGAGGAAGACGUCGAGGAGGAGGCGGCACCGCCCGCAAAGACAACGGUGCCGGCAGACACCUUUGUGCUUCGUUGGCCUGCGGCCAACCCUUACAGCCCCAUCUCUGGUGGUGGUCGUGGGGAAGCCGCGGGCUCCGGGCUGUUCGGUCGUGAAUUCGGCCGGUUGCGAGGUGCGCUCGUCGCUUAA